AUGACUAUCCGCAAGUACAAGCCGACGUCGCCGGGGCGGCGAUUCCAGACGGUGCAGACGUUCGACGAGAUCACCGCAACGAAGCCGUACAAGCCGUUGACCGAGCCGUUGCCCAAGUCGGGCGGCCGGAACAAUCGCGGCCGAGUCACGAUAUGGCAGCGAGGCGGAGGGCACAAGCGCACGUAUCGCAUCAUCGACUUCAAGCGUGACAAGCAGGAUGUGCCGGGCAGGGUGACGACCAUCGAGUACGAUCCGAACCGGUCAGCGCGCAUCGCCCUGGUGACCUAUGCCGACGGUGAGAAACGUUAUAUCCUCCAACCCGCCGGCGUCGCCGUCAACGAUACCGUCAUCGCGGGGGCGCGUGUCGACAUCCUUCCCGGCAACACCCUGCCCCUCAAGAACAUUCCGCUGGGCACGCAGAUGCACAACGUGGAGCUCAAGCCGGGCAAGGGCGGUCAGAUCGCCCGCAGCGCCGGGGCGAGCGUGCAGCUCAUCGCCAAGGAAGGUGAUUACGUGUCGGUCCGGAUGCCGUCGGGCGAGAUCCGCCGGAUCCUGAAGGAGUGCAGGGCCACCAUCGGCCAGAUCGGCAACGUGGAUCACGAGAACGUGUCGCUGGGCAAGGCGGGCAGAACGCGCUGGCUCGGGCGCCGCCCCAACGUCCGGGGGGUUGCGAUGAACCCGGUCGACCAUCCGCUCGGGGGUGGUGAGGGCAAGGCCGCGGGCGGGCGGCACCCGGUGUCUCCGUGGGGGGUGCCCACCAAGGGCUACAAGACCCGGAGCCGGAAGCCCUCGGACAAGUUCAUCGUUCAGCGACGGCGGCGGAAAUGA